ACAUUUUGUCUUGAAAUUCAACGUUCAACAGGAAAAGUUAUUUUAUGUCAAGCAGGUCCAAAUUCAAUUUAUAAUCAUGAACAAAUUUCUUGGAAAUUUUCAAAAUCAAAUCUUAAUUUGAAUCAAUUAAAUUAUAUUCAUGUUAGUGCUGGUACUCGUACAGUACCUAUUCGAAAUUUGUUUGUUACUUUUGAGAAACAAGCUGAUUUACAUCCAACUUUCGAUAAAAAUUUUGAGAAAUUUUCAUCUUCAUCUACGACAAAAAUAUCAUCUGAUAUUCAAGAUGACACUAAUUAUAAUGUACCAUCAUUUGAUACAUCCGAUACUAAAGAUAACAAGUCAUCUGGCUUUGUCAGUCAAGUAAUAGAUAAAGCCAUUCAAGCAAAAGAUAAAGUAAAGGAUUUUUUCAGUGGUGGCUUCAACUCAUCAUUAACACCAUGUUCUGAUAGUAUUUAUUGUCUUAUUCAAUAUUCCGAAGAAGGAUCAACUCAUAAUUCAAAAUAUUCACAUCCAUGUCGUUUUUCUGAAUUAUGUCGAGAUCCAGAACCUCAUCUAACACAUGAAAUUCAUCAAGUACCUCGAUGUAAUUUUGAUAGAAACUGUAAAGACUUAUGUAAUCCAAUUCAUCGAGGUCAAUAUCGUCAUACAGGUUGGCCUGAUUUUCUUAUACCUUGUCGUGAUCAAGAAAAAUGUCGUGAUCAAUCAGAUCAACAUCGUAUAAAAUAUUCACAUGGUGAACGUGUUAUGGAACUAAUAAAAGCUUCAUCAUCACAACAACAACAACAACCGAGUCAUGAUCGUAAUCAACGAAUACCUUGCAAGUGGGGAUCCAACUGUCGAGACAUUUCAAAUUCUAAACACUGUGAUCAAUAUUCUCAUCCAGAUAUUGUUCAACAACAGAAUGAUUCUCGUAUUCGUUGCAAAUGGGGUAUUCAAUGUCAUGAUCAAACUAGUACUCAUCGAAUGAAGUAUUCUCAUCUUUCAAGUUGA